AUGUGAGAGGCACUUGUUCAAUCCACAGCAUAAUUAGCCUGGUACAUAUCAACAGGGACAAUCGGAUUAUGAGGUUCUGAGGUGGUGAAAUCGCUGGAUUAAGUCACGCACCUUCCGCACUUCCGCGUGUAACCGCGGUCAUGGGCAUAGACCGGCGACGGAGAGCGUCUCUGGCGCUCAGCUUGAACUUCUUGGCUUUGUUCCUGGCAGUGUCGGCUCUCGGAACCAGCCACUGGUGCGCCGGCACCCGGAAAGUGGUGAAGCCGUUCUGUACCGGCCCGGUGACGACCAAGCAGUCGUUCUGCAUCAGGUUCAACAGCUCCAACCUGAACGACACGAGGCUGGUUCAGUACAUCUGGGAGACCGGGGAUGACAAGUACGUGAUGAGGAAGUUCCACACCGGGAUCUGGUUCUCAUGCGAGCACAACAUCAACAUGACCGGUGAAAAUUGCAGAAGUUUCAUCUAUGUUACACCUACAAAUGAAAGAGGAGUGCUGUGGCUGUGCAUCGUCGCCGAGUGCCUGUACAUCCUCCUCUUAGCCACCGGGGGCAUCCUCAUGUCGAUAGAAGUGUGCCAGUUUGGCAACGUUAUUGACGGCCUCAAGCUCAAUGCCUUCGCGGCCAUAUUCACAGUACUCUCAGGGCUGCUGGGGAUGGUGGCCCACAUGAUGUUCACUACUGCUUUCCAGCUGACUGUCAGUCUGGGCCCAGAAGACUGGAAACCUACGACAUGGGACUACAGCUGGUCAUACAUAUUAGCAUGGAGUUCUUUCACGGCGUGCAUGGCGUCCUCCGUCACCACCAUCAACCGCUACACCAAAACCAUCCUGGAGUUCAAGCACAAGCGAAGGAACAUUGAGAAGAACCUAAAGAUCAAGCAGAAGCUCUUGGAGUUGGACGCGCCGGAGCAGAUGUGGGACAUGUAUAUCAGCUCUGUGCCAAGUACUGCAGAGGAGCUGCUGGACCUCUCGUCCAACGACCACAAACUCUCCAACACCUCCAUCUUCUUGGACCUCAACGACCUGCCCGACCCACAAGGAGAGGAGUACUGCUAGAGGAGCUCUGAAAACAACACCUUUUGAAUUAUUUUUAUUUAUUUAUUAUUAUUUACCAAUAUUCUUGGCCAAACAGAACGUGCAUGUGUAGCUGUACUUGGAAACCUUCAAAGUGGAACGCUUUAAAAUUUGCGCAAUAGUCGUGGGACUUCAGUUCAGUGAGCAUUUUCAAGGAUAAUUAAUUAUAAUUAAUUAUAAUCCGUUUCUUGGGCUUUUUUAUGUCACUAUAGAAAGGUAACUUUGAUGGCAAAUUAUGAUGAUAACCAUAAAAUUGAAAAUACACAAUAGGAAAGGAAUCAGCUGUUCAAUUCUAUACAAGCAUUGUACACUGCAAUGUGAAGCUUUACCACAUUUAAAAUACUGUAAUUUACUGUAACAUCACAACAAAUGACUGAAAUUAGGAUACCUUUUUUUUCCCCGCAACUAACUGUUAUUUCACAGUGUAACUGUCACUGUAACCAAAGUCCUCUGUAAUAUCACAACAAAUUACUGUAAAUUCAAACUGAUUUGUUUACUAAUGGGUUCUGAAGACUAAGUUGCACAAUCUUGUAGAGUAAGUGGCGGUAUGCUGUUAAAGCGAGAGAGUAAUUCGCUAUAAAAUUACAAUUGUGAAGUUACAGCAUAUAGUUGUACUUCUAUUAUAAUAAACUGUGAAAUUCAAAUUGUGAAGUUAAAGCAUUUAGUGGAACUUUAUUCUAAAUAAAUGUAAAAGCACAGCUGUGCAGUUACAGUAAAUUGCUGUAAAGAUAUUUGACAGUAAAUGUCACGUGUGUCACGGGGGGCGGUAUAGCUCGGUUGGUAGACUGGCCGUGCCAGCAACUUGAGGGUUCCAGGUUCGAUACCUGCUUCCGCCAUCCUAGUCACUGCCGUUGUGUCCUUGGGCAAAACACUUUACCCACCUGCUCCCAGUGCCACCCACACUGGUUUAAAUGUAACUUAGAUAUUGGGUUUCACUAUGUAAAGCGCUUUGAGUCACUAGAGAAAAAGCGCUAUAUAAAUAUAAUUCACUUCACUGUGACAGUAAAGUAAUUAGUAGCCGGUAAUUUGCUGUGAAUUUACAAUGAACAUUUUUAGUGUACAUAAUACAGCAAUACCUAUAAAAGACCGCUAGGUGGCAGUAUUGCUCUGCAAAUCCACAUUGCCUGUAUCUGUCAGGCACGUGUUUUCCAUAGGUAACCGAUAGGGUUAUUGUAGUUUUCGUCUCUUUACUUCUGUGUGAUAGCAUUGUUCAAAUGUUUCCCUUACUGAAGACAUGAGACAUUAAGCAUGAAACAAAUACAUUUUUUGACUUUACAUAGGUUCACAUAGUGAGCAAAUAUGGACACAGAACACGGGUCAAACAUGAUCACAUUUUGUGUGUUUUUUUUAUUACUCUAACAUAUCAGUACUUCUAGGAAUUUUUCAUGCGGCCAAUUCACACAAAUUCAACAAAUCCCCGCAGAUUAUGAGUGGCCUCGCAACUUUGUCCAAAGCCCACAACUUCCGCGCACAUAUUGGCCAAUCAGCGUCAAUUUUUCCCCAAACGCGCCUCUUACGUUUGUUUCUUGGUUAGAUGUAGCAGGAAUAACAACAUGUAACAAUAAAACAACUCUUUACUGCUCGAACGGCACAACUGUCGUCCUCUUGCGUAGCUCAAAAUUACUUCCAAUUUCAGUCUACGGCGCUAAGCUUUAUGGGUAAUGUAGUAUAUUAACAUUUAGCAACACGCUGGUGUCCUCACUUCCUAGUUCACAUGUAGCGUAUGUUUUGGACCAUAGGGCGCACCGGAUUAUAAAGCGCACUGCCGAAGAGCAGGUCUAAUUUCAUACAAAAGGCGCACCAGAUUAUAAGGCGCAUUAAAGGUCUUAUAUUAUGAUUUUUUUUCUACAUUGAAAACACUUCAUUGUGGUCUACAUAACAUGUAGGUCAAAAUGUUGCAUAGGUUAUGUUUUACAGACCCUCUUCAAGUCGCUUUCUGGCCGUGUCUUCAGGAUACACCGUUUUGUGGGCGGUCUUAUUUACGUUACUCCACUUCGACAGCGUCUUCUCUUCGUCAUCUUUGUUGUACCGGUAGUUUUUAGCAAUUCCAUAGCGAGACUACUGACAGAUAUAAGUUAGAAGUGUACACGCUACUUGAUAUUAGAAUUGGCAACAGCGGAGGAUGAAUGUCCCACAACAAGAGGUUAGAGAAAUAGAAGGAGCUUAUUGAUGACCGCGUCAGCGUGGACUGCAAAAGCGGACGCACAAAUGUUCUGACUUAUGCAGAUCCCAAAUGCAAAUCAGCAAGUACCAAUAGGUAAGAAAAGUUGGUUUUGCAUAAUAUUGUGAAACAAAACGCCAGAUUGUAAGUCUAAUAUGUUUAUUAUCGGUACCAUUUUGGGGUCCUUUUACACACACCGUAAUAAUACCCGUAUGUUGAAGUACAGUAUGACUGACUACGGUGUCGUGUGUAAUGUUCUGGAUUCUCAAUGAAACAUCAAAGUUUUGGGCUUGCUUGUGUCAUCUUGCAGUCCACAUGUAGCUCUUGUGUGUGACUGCCAUCUACCGGUCACCAUGUACCAAAUAAAAUUGCUUUGAGGUCGGCAAACAAAACCAAAAAUUAAUACGUACAUUAGGCGCACCGAAUUAUAAGACGCACUGUGGAUUUUUGAGAAAAUGAAAGGAUUUUAAGUGCGCCUUACAGUCCGAAAUUUUAUCAAUUUAUUUAUCCUUAAUUUAUUCAGGGUAAGACAAUUAGGAACACAUUUUCAUUUGCAAUGCUGACCUGGCAAAGAGGCAGCAUUUACAUGUUAGAGAUGUUGGAGUUUGAUAUAUUUAUCAUCGUCUCUCUUUUACCAAAAAAAAUUGCCACUAAGAUUGUUUUCAACAUUUUACAAACGGAGUAAAUGUGUUGGAACACACAUGAAUGUUUAAGAUGGACAAACACUUUCAAUCAAUCAAAGUUUAUUUAUAUAGCCCUUAAUCACAAAUGCUUCAAAGGGCUGCACAAACCACAACGACAUCCCACAUCAGGGCAAGAAAAAACUCAACCCAAUGGGAACAACGAGAAACCUUGGAAAGGGACCAGUGCAAUGGAUGCUGAGUGGAUAGAGUUAAUAAUGUGAGAGUCCAGUCUAUAGUGGGGCCAGCAGGGGAUCCUCUUGCAUGUCGACACUUCGGGGCGCAGAGACGUCACCAACUGAUGCAAAGAGUAGUGGUCACCCCGGGUCCCGACUUGGAACAGCUAGCACAUCAUUCGUCAAAACUGAUCCGUGGCCUCCUGAUAAGCUCUUCACGCAGGAAAGGGAGGCAGAGCAGAAAAGAGAGACGGCAGAUCAACAGGUCUAAAAGGAGUGUCUAUUUAAAGGCUAGAGUAUACAAAUGAGUUUUAAGAUGGGACUUAAAUGCUUCUACCGGGGUUGCAUUUCUAACUGUUACCGGGAGGGCAUUCCAUAGUACUGGAGCCCGAAUAGAAAACGCUCUAUAGCCUGCAGACUUUUUUGGGCUCUGGGAAUCACUAAUAAUCUGGAGUUCUUAGAACGCAGAUUUCUUGCCGGGACAUAUGGUACAAUACAAUCGGCAAGAUAGGAUGGAGCUAGACGUAAGUAGUACAACCUUAAAGUCACAUCUUAAGUGCACAGGAAGCCAGUGCAGGUGAGCCAGUAUAGGUGUAAUAUGAUCAAACUUUCUUGUUCUUGUCAAAAGUCUAGCAGCCGCAUUUUGUACCAACUGUAAUCUUUUAUUGCUAGACAUAGGGAGACCUGAAAAUAAUACGUUACAGUAAUCGAAACGAGGCGUAACGAACGCAUGAAUAAUGAUUUUUAAGGCUCUUAAUGUGUGACUCAAACGAGAGAGUUGGGUCGAAGAUAAUACCCAGAUUCUUUACAGAGUCGCCUUGUGUAAUUGUUUGGUUGUCAAAUGUUAAGGUGGUAUUAUUAAAUAGAUGUCGGUGUGUAGUAGGACCGAUAAUCAGCAUUUCUGUUUUCUUAGUAAUAAGAUGCAAAAAGUAGCUGGACAUCUAUUGUUCAAUUUCAUUUAGACACGCCUCCAGCUGACUACAAUCUGGCAUGUUGGUAAAACCUACACUAAGAAUGUCUGGAACUUGUAAUCAAUUGAGCAAAUGGGACAAUAGGGAAGCCUUUGGUGGUGUUUUAUUCUGUAAAUAUACAACUAAAAGUUACUAUUAAUUAAAACAGUACAUGUGACAAUGAGUUUGUUCUUUUACUGCCAUUCAGUAUCUACUUUUAUGUCUGUGUGGUAUAAAACGACUAAAACAUCAACACAGUAAUGUUUUGUCCUUUUUUUCUUGAAAUACUGUGCAUUUUACAAUGAACACUUAAAACAGUGAUAACAAAUUCAUAAAAUUACAAGUUGAGUCAAUGUUAUUGAUAAAGUAGGUCUCCAAACAUGACAACUUUUGCCGCAAAUUUCUGAAAAAGAUGCUGCGAUUUCAGGCUUUUUAGGCCACGACAGUCCUAAAGAAAUCCUGCAAAAUUUUGACAUACUAAUUUUACUGUUUACUAUUUGAGAUCUCACUAGCAUGUCUGCGAUUUCAUGUACUUUCAUAUUGGAAUCCAUGAACACACAGAAGCUAAUACAAGGAAUAACAGAAGAAAUUAACACAUUAAAGAUAGUUUGACAAAAACAGACUAUCUGUGAUCUCAAUUAAACUAAAAUAGUGCUAUUUGGUAACAGUGGAAGAGAAAGUCAGACGCAAAUACAAAUAGACGGAAUAGACACUGAAAGGGUAAAAUAAAUGCCAUUUCUAGACGUAAUAAUUGAUGAUGAAAUUAACUGGAAAUCUCAUAUAAAACUAUACAACUUAAUGUGGCAAGAAACACGUCAAUAAUGACUAAGGCUAACUAUGUAUUGGACCAAAAAAAUCACUCCAUAUUCUCUACUGCUAGCUAGUGUUACCAUAUCUGAGUUAUUUUGCAGAAAUAUGGGGAAAUAACUACAAAGGUAACAGUGUUGUAAACAAUUUCAAUUAUGAUAAUACAUAAUGUUGUCAUGAUCCGUGGCCCGGAUCAUGUUUUUGUGUUUUCUGUUAGUUUUGGACUCCCUAGUUCUUGUUUGUGCACCUGUGAGUUUGUUUUGGUUUCCAUGGUUACUCAUUGUGUUCACCUGUCUCUGAUUAGUGCUCACCCGCUCACCUGCUUCCUGAGCACUAAUC